ACGUUUAUUGAGAUUUUGUUGGGUAAACAAUCACAGUAGUGUACACGUUAUUGUUUAACCGCAGACAUAAAAUUUUAUCUAAUGUUUAAGAAUUGGUUAUCAACGAAUAGAUCACGUACUGUUCACAACAGAGACUUUUCUGUGAAGAGUACUGUUAAUCCAGAACAAACAAGAGCUUUCGAGAUAUUAUCAAAAAAAUGGAACCGAGAAGGCGAAGGUUUCAAACUUCUUCGGGCCAUGAACUUUGUAAGAGUACCAUGGAUACAGAAUCGUUUAACCGAAAUUGGUAUCAUUAAACAAAAUACAACUGUAAAUGAAUUAAAACCAUUGCAGGGAAUUUCGAUUUUAGAUGUAGGUUGUGGAGUUGGCAUUUUUGCAAAACCUUUAAGUUUUUUAGGUGCAAGUGUAACAGGUUUAGACUGUAACUCUGAAAUGCUUAAAGUGGCAAAUUUGCAUAAACAAAAUGAGGACAUUGCCAAUUUGAAGUACAUACUGUCUACCGUAGAAGAACACGCUGUAGCUUACGAGGAAAAGUAUGACGUAGUGAUAGCAUCUGAAACAAUAGAACAUGUUUCAGAACAAGAAUUGUUUGUGAAAAGUUGCAUAAAAUGUCUGAAACCUGGAGGAUCGUUUUUUCUUACGACCAACUCUAAAUCCCAAAGUUCGAAAUUUUUCUUCAUUACUUUGAAGGAAGACAUUUUACGACAUCUGCCAAAAGGGACACACGUGUAUGAAAUGUUCAUUGAUAUUGAAGAUGUGAAAGAUAUGUUAAAAAAAGAAAACUGUGAAAUUUCUUUUACGAGUGGAAUAAUAUAUAAUCCAUUUACUAAUAAAUGGUACUGGAUUAAAAAUCAUCGCAUUCUACAUUAUGCAGUACACGCAAUUAAACGAGAAAAUACGGUUGAUUAAUGUCAACCACAUAUUGUUUGUUAUAAUAAGAGAAUUAUCCCAGUUAUUCGUUCUAAAAGAGUAAAUGUUAUUAGUUAUUUCAAACUGUAUUCCUUGCAGAAUCGGUAAAAACUAUUGUAUCUUUAGUAAUAAUCUUAACCUACUCACUAAAACCUUGAAAUAAGGACACAAGAUAUAGGUACUCAUAUUUUAUAUCUCGAUUUACCAGUUUUUUCUUUUAGUACGUUUUCUAGUAUACGAUACCAUAACCUCCUUAAUUUUAGUUUCCUUUCUGAAUAUUUAUUAUUAUAACCUUUUUUUGUAUUUUCAUCUACAUUGCAGCACAUUAAACACCAGAUUGGGUAGAUUGAAAGUGGGAUGUUCUAGAGGAAAUAUAAAGGAAUAUUACAGUUAAAAAAUUUAUUUAUUUGUUUGUUAUUGAGUUAACUUUUUUUUUUCUUGGUAGCACUCCGUAUUUCUAUAAUUGGGCUCGCCUGUUGGAAUACUAUUACUAAUAAUAAUAAUAAUAAUAAUAUUAAUAACCUUACUGAUUCGAAAAUUUAGAAAAUUUAAAUACUGAGAUGAAGUGUAUUGAAUCUUGUCGAACGCAAUUAGAAUUUGUCAACUGCCUUCCGGGAAAGUUGUUUGAGUAAUGUUGGCCUAAAUGGCAUUAUCAGAGCUAUAGAAAUUUUAUUAGUAGCUAAAAAUAUAGACUCUAAUUAAUUAAAAGUACUUCACCCAAAUGCAAUUAAAAAUGUAUUAGUAAUAUUAGUAUCUUACGACUAAUUAAGUUUUUUAAAGCGAUAACAAAAUUAUGGCAGAAUUGAACAAAUAUUAUUCUACGAUGUCUUGUGUUAUCCAGCAACAAAAAGAUAAUCAAUUUGUAGGACAAUGAUUUUUUCUGUGACAAAAAUAACAGUAUAAAGAUAAAUAACGAAAUAGUGAACAAUAUAAUAAAUAAAUAAUAAACUAAUGUAAAGUAGUGUUCCUUUAUUAAUCCAAUUACCCCAUUAACGAUUAGUUUAAAAUUAUUUUGCUUCCUUCAUUGAUACGUAGUGUGUGGUACCACCCGAAGUUCUCGGCUGCUCGGCUCUCGUCGGGUGUUCGGUACCACCCCCAAAUUUAUUCAUCACCGCCCUCCUGGACGAACGGGUGGCGGACGUAGAGUCACCAACAACCCGUCAACGGGCACGAGUCGCAAAAAUACAUAAAUGUUUCAUUAUCAAGUAUAUAUAUUGACAUGUACAUAAUAAUCAAUAAAUCGUUGUUAAAAGUGCA